AAUGUCAUUGAUUUCUUGUGUCACUGUGCAUUUAUAGUGUUGUGUUCAUUUUUAUUGUUUCGGCGUUGUUUGUGUCCUUCCAAAACAUAUCUGAAAUUGUAAAAAAAAAAAACAUUGACCGAAAAAGUUGAACAUUUGACACAAAACAAGUUCAAAAAUGUCGGGAGAAGGUUCAUCUGGGUCAGACAAUUUCGAGAGCUACUAUUCCGAGGUAAAGCAAAUCGAAGCCCGCGAUUCGGUGCUUACUUCCGAACAGCAAAUAAACCGUUUAUUACGUGCGGGCUCAACCUAUUUUAAUUUAAAUCCAUUUGAAGUGCUACAGGCCGAACCAGAAUUGACAGUUGAUCAGAUUAAGAAAAAAUAUCGUAGCCUAUCGUUUUUGGUGCAUCCCGAUAAAAAUCAAGACGAUAAAGAACGAGCUCAAUUAGCUUUUGAAGCGGUUAACAAGGCAUGGAAAACACUGGAAAAUGAUGUCACACGCAAAAAAUGCUUGGACAUUUACGAAGAGGCCAAAGACCGCACAGAUCACAUGAUCUCAGAAAAACGUAAGAAACUGAAAAAAGAAGGUAAAUCCAAAGAACCAAUUCCCGAAGAUAAUCCAGAAAAGUAUAAACAUGCUGUUUAUGUAAUGGUUAUGAAGCUUUUCGCAGAUAUGGAACGUCGACGUCAACAACUGGAGACAAGAGAUAUGGAAGAAAGAAAACGUAAACGAGAAACCGAAAUCGAAGAAGAAGAGCGCCAAAAGGCAGACAAUGAAUGGCAAAAAAAUUUCGAAGAAUCUCGACAAAGUCGCGUAACUAGCUGGCAAGAUUUUCAAUCGGGCGCAAGUAAAAAGAAAAAAUCAAAAAAAGAAAAGAAACAACAUGCAUUCAAUCCGCCAAAACUAAAGCCAGAGACGCGAUAAACUAUAACCGUGUUGAUAUUAUAUAUUAGUUAUCUGAUUUCGCGCAACAACAACAACUAAACGAAACAAAAACUUAGUACACAAAAAACUAUAAAUGAUCAUCCGUUGGAAUUGUCUCCCAUUUUAAACCAAUUUAAAUGUGUUUAAUUAAAAUGUCUAACUUAGACCAAAAUAUGAAAAAAUAGGACUGAGAUAUAAAUGGCGUUAUGAAAUAGAAAAUGUGAAACAAAUAUCAAGGACAUCUUUCAUCAUCAAAAUAUUCAAUAUAGAAUUUUAGAAAUCGAUCUUCUUUUUGAGAAUAUGCAAGUUUAACGAUACAUUUUAAACGUA